UGAAAGACGUCAUCAAACCACUCUGAUUGAUUCAAUGACGCUUGGACCCCUGUUUGGAACAUCUCUAAAUUAUACUGGAAACUAAGCGAGACCUCCUCAUCGAGCAUGCCGGUUGGCAUUCCAGCACGAGCAGAUGUGUCCUGUUCAUCCAUUGUGAGGCGGAGAGUAAUCAUCUCUCGGGUGGAGGACCUGCUUCCUCUCUCCUGCUUCUCCCGCAGUGCGCAGUGGCACAUUGUGCGCGCUUUGCUGCGGGCGCAGCGCACGUUCUUCCUUCUUUCUGGAAAGGAUCGAUGUGUCGAUCGCAUCAGUGGCUCGUGUUGGUUUUUUUUUUUUUUUUUUUUUGGUGGACAGAACAGGAACAAAACGAAGGACGUCCAAAGCUGUGGCUAAAACUUUACGGCAGGAAGACACAACGGGAGGAAUCUCAAACAUCUCUGCGCAUGGAGUGCAAACCUCCAUCUUCAGGAUCCUUCUCCACAUGUACCCAACAUCUCGCAUAUUCACAAGAACCAACCUGAUAUAAAAAAAAAGAACGACAACAGUGUUUUGUACGUUUUGGAAUACGUUUGAAUAACCUUCCCUGUUCUGCGUCCAUCGCUGACCGUGAUGUCCAACCUUUCCCAGAGUGACCUACGGCGACUGUUUGCCAUGGACGCAGCAGAUCAAGUCAACGCCUCUCUGGCAGAAGAUUCACCACCUGGAGUGAAUUCCUCCAACUGCUGCCCGAACGCGAGCGCCGCAAAGGACCGCAUCUCCCAGCGGCUGGACGACAGCACGAAGCUGCUUGGAGUCCAGGUUAUUCUCAUCCUCGCUUACAGCGCCAUCAUAUUGUUCGGAGUCAUCGGAAACUCCCUGGUGAUUUAUGUGGUCUACAAGUUCAAGACCCUGAGGACCGUCACCAACUUCUUCAUCGUGAACCUGGCCGUGGCCGACCUGCUGGUGAACACGCUGUGUCUGCCCUUCACCCUCGUCUACACGCUGGACGGCGAGUGGAAGCUCGGCCGGGAGCUGUGCUUCGCGCUGCCCUUCGCCCAAGGCCUGGCGGUGCACGUGUCCACCGUCACCUUGAACGUCAUCGCCCUCGACCGCCACCGCACCAUCGUCCACCACACCAAGACCCAGAUGUCCAGAGAGACGUGCGCCGGCGUCGUCGUCGUCACGUGGGCCGUCAGCGGCCUGUUGGCCAGCCCGCUCGCCAUCUUCAGGGAGUACAAGACGGUGGACCUUUCGGCCGAGGAGUCGCUCCAGGUGUGCAUGGAGAAGUGGCCGAGCGGCGGCGUGAACGGAAGCGCCUACAGCAUAUCCGCGCUGGUCGUGCAGUACGGCCUGCCUCUGGCCAUCAACUGCUUCGUCUACACCCGCAUCUGGAACAAGCUGAAGAGUCACAUGACCUUCGGCGGUCGAGGGGACCGCCACCAGCGCAGGAGGAACACCACCAAGAUGCUGUGGACCAUGGUGGUGGUGUUUGCCGUCAGCUGGCUGCCCUUCCACGCCUUCCAGUUGGCGGUGGACAUCGACAGCGCCGUGUUGUACAGGAAGGACUUCAAGCUGCUGUUCACCGCGUUCCACGUGGUGGCGAUGUGCUCGACGUUCGUCAACCCCAUCCUGUACGGGUGGCUGAACAAGAACUUCAGGGCGGCCUUCCUCUCCGUGUGCAGCUGCGGCCGGCGGUUCAAGUCCAGGUCGGGAGACUCCAGGUGCAGAGAGACACGGAGAAAGGUGGACGGGUGUUACACGGAGAGCAGGUCGACCAACGUGUAGCGUCAGUCAACACGGUACUAAUAAAAUGAAAUGGGACUGAAAUAUUUAACACAAUUUUUUUUUAAAUGUAUAAACUGGAAAAUCCACCACAGUACUUUCACUUUGUUGAAUAAAAAAUCCCAUUUAAAUGAUUUCCCUUUUGAAGCCAGAGGGAGGGCCAAUAACCUGCUACCAUAUCACAGCAAUGUCAAAACCUCAUUUUCAUUGACCUCAAUGUCAUUUUCUAAGGUAUGUUGCACAUGUUUGCGGUAUACAUGUGUACAUCAGGUCCUUCUUCGCUAUUCACGUGUACCUCAGCUGACCUGACAAUCCUGGUGACACCAGUAGUGUCAUUUAAAGUCAAAACAGGUAGCUAACGUGAACUCUCCAUAACUAGGACAUUGAGUAAUAACUGGAGUUUUUGUAGAUAUGUGUAAAUAUCAACACGUAUGCCUUCAUCGCCGACGGAAAUGUUUCCCAAAUAAAAUCACAGAGCUGUUACAGGAGUCCAGAUUGGGGGCUCUUAACAGGGCUUUACACCAGCCAAGGUUCAGUCAGAGCGACCCGCCGCGUUUACCUGGGCGCCAAUCAGAGGUUGUGCGCUAUAUUAGUUGCCGUGUUCUAUGCGACAACGGCGCUUUUUCGAGCUCCCUGCAGAGCGGCGCCCAUAAACUAGAAGAAAAAUCACAGACGCAUCAGAAUUCACCAUUCCGAGGUGCGUCAGGGUUCACGCUGUGUAUUCUGCUGCAUGCAAAAUCCUGUAAAGAAAAAAAAAAAGAGUCUGGGCCGCAGAGGGACGCAGAUGAUUGUAUUAAGGGUGCAGCAGGAAGCCGGUGGAGGGUUUUUUACUAUUCACUUGAGGAGUUCCUCCCCCUCCCUACCUGUCUUUGUUUGCAGCCAGCAGCCUAAUUGUUCAGGCUUUGAAGAGCCCUUCCUACUGACGAGGCCCCCGCUGAUUCACUCCGUGCCUACGUGAGGACCCGAGGCCCUCGUGCGUUAGCUUCACGUGUCCAUUUAUAGUCGGAAACCCGCGUCUCAUUCAGCAGUUAAUCUAAUCGAUUUAACUGACCGAUGUCAUCGAUCGGCUGACUCCUCAGGAAGAGGAUACUUGCUAACGAGAGCGUUGAAAACUAUGAAAAGAAUCCGCAGAUGUUCCCGUCGAACGCGCCUGUCCUCACUGCUCAGGUCUGUCUCAUUCCGUCCACGUUCUCUCUGUGACCAGCGGCCCCAUUUUCAUUUCCAUUGGGAGAUUAUUGCAAUUGGAGAGGAUGGUGAAGCUGCGCGAUGAGGAUUCACUGAUUGAUGUGCUUCACGGCUUCAGUAGGGAUGUUGUCACCGUGCUUUGAGCUCAGCAGGAACACUUAAAUAUCAGCAGUAUUCAUUCAUUAUCCAGGAAGCCUGAAAAGUUUUGUGUGCUCGUCAUAGGAAGUUAGUUUGGGAGUUUUUCACUGAUGGACCAAUAAAAAAAAGAAAAAGGCGAUUAUAAAGCUGCAUUCAUUUUUAAAGCCUUCCGUUCUGUACUUUCCCCAGCAGACAUGGAACGAGGUUACAACUUAUCAACAUUAACUUUUUAGAAUCAUCAAGGUAAAUAUUCAUUGGCGUCAAGCUGUGGUUGAGCCAGCAGGUGUAAGCACCAGGGGCUUUUCAGCACUUGCUUAAUGGAAGCUGUAAGAGCCAUGCAUAAACGCUUUUAUAUUAUUUUAUUUGCCCUUUCAUUUUUUUAUUCCAUAGAAUAAAAUUAAAGUAAUAGCCUUUGGGCAAAAUGAGCUUUGAUCUUUGCUUUUUUUUUAAGAUGAAAGCUCCUGUAGUUCUUCUCGUUUGUAUUUUUUAGUGCCUUCUGUUGAAUAACUAGGUAGAAAAUCUGACCCAGUUGACAGAAAGAAGCUUACGCAGGAAAUAGAACCGAGCAUUUAGCACAGGCUGUUUGUGGGAGUGAUUUGAAAACUUCUUAUUAUUUGUAAUUUGCAUCAUUUUGUAUCGUUGGCCUUUUCGUGUCAAAUCUGAAAUUGUAUGUAACAGGUAAAAAAAAAAAAAGACGUCAAGAACAGACGUGUUUUCUGUCAUGCGACGCUCAAAGAGCUAAAUAUUAAACUGUGUACAUUA